AUGGAUAAUUUUAAAUCUAAACGUAACAUCAAACCAUUCGACGGCGAAAAAUACAGUACGUGGAAAUUUCGUGUUCGAGCGUUACUAAGUGAAAUGGAUGUACUAAACACAAUUGACGAGGUACCCAUCGAGGAAUCUGAAAAUUGGAACAAAAGCAAUAGAAUCGCUAAAAGCAUAAUCAUCGAGUACUUAGCAGACUCAUUUCUUAAUUUUGCGCGAGAUGAAGUAUCUGCGCGUAACAUUUUCAAACGACUAGACGCCCUCUACGAAAGAAAAAGUUUAGCUACGCAACUAGCGCUGCGUAAGAAACUGUUGACAUUAAAACUACAGAAUGAUGUACCCUUGAUAAAGCAUUUCACCGUCUUCGAUGAGCUUAUGUCGGAUUUAUUAGCGGCUGGAGCGAAGUGUGAAGAAACUGACAAGGUGGCUCAUUUGUUGCUAACCUUACCUGCGUCAUACGAUGGAGUUGUAACCGCCAUAGAAACUUUGACAGAGGACUCGUUAAAUUUGGCCUUUGUUAAAACUAGAUUACUCGAUCACGAGGUUAAGCUUAAAAGUGACUCUAAGGAUACAAGUUUAAAAAAUACUACAAGCUAUAGAAGUUACAAAAGAAGAGGAGUUAUGAAAAUAAGAACUUGA